AUGAGCAUAUCUAGUUAUGAUGACAAAGAUAAAAUUUUUAUUAAUAGUGAUAACGAUGUAACGUAUAAAGCGGAAUGGCUCGCGCUUGAGAUCAACAGAUCAAUGAAUAUAGCAGUAGUUGAUAUUGAUUGGAAGUCAACAUUAGAUAUAAUUAUGAAAGAAUUUAAAUAG